CCCCUUCCCUUCAGCCUACCACCACUCUAUACACAUAGAGGAGAGAGAGUAUUGGGAGUGGUGAUCAAUUUUCCUACUUAUAUAUGCUUGCCAUCUUAAAUAUUCAAGAAUUGGCACUCCUUUCUCUUGAGGGUUUUGAAAAGAUGAAGAGGGCAAGAAGAAUCUAUGGUUUUGUUUUCUUGUUUGUGAUGUUGCUCAAUUUGGAUGGAGCAACAAGUAGGAAUUUCCCACUAAGGAAUACUACUACUACUACUACUAAUAAUAUUCAAGGCUAUGUCAAAAUCCAAGCCAACUCUUCAACCCCUAUUGAGGGGGUGGUGGAGAGAGAAGGGAAGUACAAGCAAUUGAAGAAAUUGGGGUCAAAGCCACCAAGUUGUGAGCACAAGUGCUAUGGGUGUAAGCCAUGUGAAGCAAUCCAAGUUCCAACCACAACACAUUUUGGGGUUUUAUACACUAAUUAUGAGCCAGAGGGUUGGAAAUGUAAGUGUGGGCCCACCUUCUACAGCCCUUGAUUCAAUUUGAGAGAGAGAGAGGGAGAGAGAGUGUAUCAUCAAUUUCCAAUUUUAUUUCAUCUUUGUGAAAUUAAGAUGGUAGAAGUAAGUAGCUAGUUAGCUCUAGUAGUUGUAUUAGUUUGUAUAAUGAUAUGCUUUCAUUCUAAUCUACAAUUUAAAAA